ACUUCACCGCGCGUCUUUAAAGGGACCGCGCGGCAGCAGCGGCGAGCUCGGCGCGUCCCGCGGGAGAGAAGUGGUGGGCGGAGCCGCGUUCCCAGACAUAUCCUCCAGAAGAGUGUUCUGCUCACACCACGAUGCGGUUGUUCUGGCUGUUGCUGCUUUGCAUCUGUUGGCCAUCGCCCCUGUUUGCUGGAGGCAUCACCCGAGUCUAUUACCUGGGGAUCCAUGAGGUGGACUGGAAUUAUGCUCCAACAGGAAUGAAUGUGAUGAGCAACCAAAGCAUCGCACGUAGCCUAAGGGCCUCAGUGUUCCUCCAGCCUGGCAAGGACAGGAUAGGAGGUACUUACAAGAAAUCUGUCUAUAAGCAAUACAUAGACUCUACCUACACUGCUGAGAUUCCCAAACCGGCGUGGCUGGGGUUCCUUGGGCCCAUCAUCCGAGCAGAAGUGGGAGAUACCAUUAAAGUACACUUGAAAAACUUUGCUAGUCGGCCGUAUACAAUCCAUCCUCACGGUGUCUUCUACGAGAAGGACUCUGAAGGAUCCCUGUAUCCCGAUAUGUCCCCCCAGGAUCAGAAGAAGGAUGAUGCUGUCUUCCCAGGAGGGAGUUACACCUACACUUGGACUGUCCCUGAAGAUCACAGCCCAACAGCUGAUGAUCCAAACUGCUUGACCUGGAUCUAUCACUCUCAUGUUGAUGCACCAAAAGACAUUGCAUCUGGAUUAAUUGGGCCAUUGGUAACGUGCAAGGAAGGAAUACUGACAGGCACUUCUCAAAGGCGGCAGGAUGUGGAUGUUGACUUCUUCCUCAUGUUCAGUGUGGUGGAUGAGAACCUAAGCUGGUACUUGGAUGAGAACAUUGCAUCAUUCUGCACUGAUCCAGGAUCUGUAGACAAAGAAGAUGAGGAAUUCCAAGAGAGCAACAAAAUGCAUGCUAUCAAUGGUUAUGUGUUUGGGAAUCUCCCUGCACUGACAAUGUGUGCUGGGGAUCAUGUUGCAUGGCACCUCUUUGGCAUGGGCAAUGAAAUUGACAUUCAUACAGCCUACUUCCAUGGAGAAACACUCAGCAUUCGAGACCAUAGGACAGAUGUGGCCAGCCUCUUCCCAGCUACUUUUGUUACAGCAGACAUGAUCCCUGGUAACCCUGGGAGAUGGCUACUGAGCUGUCAGCUCAAUGAUCACAUACAAGCUGGGAUGGCUGCCAUCUAUGAAGUCCGGCCGUGUUCUCGGCAAGCUCCGGAGCCCGCCCUGCAGGGCAGAACUCGGAAGUACUACAUAGCUGCAAAGGAGGUGCAGUGGGACUAUGGGCCUUCAGGACGUGACCGCAGCAGUGGGAAACAGCUGAGUGAGGUGGGCAGCCCUGCUGAGCAGUUUUUCAAGCGUAGCCUCUACCGAAUUGGAGGAGUCUAUUGGAAGGUGAAGUAUGUGGAAUAUACUGAUGAGAGCUUCCGUGAGGAAAAACAGCAGUCUGAAGAAGAGAAACACCUUGGGAUACUUGGUCCUGUAAUAAAAGCUGAAGUUGGUGACACCAUCCUGGUGACAUUUGCUAACAAAGCCUCCUGGCCAUUCAGCAUCCAGCCUCAUGGAGUGUCCUAUGGGAAGGCAUGGGAAGGGAUGCUGUACCAUGAUGGUGUGUCCCGAAAUGGGGUGUCUGUUCCACCUCUGCACAAUUUUACAUAUGCUUGGACUAUACCGAAGCACGUUGGGCCGACAUCCAGCGACCCUCCCUGCCUGAGCUGGAUGUACAGCUCUGCUGUGGACCCCAUCAGAGAUACCAGCUCAGGCUUGGUAGGCCCUCUGGUCAUCUGCAAGCCGGGCACUUUGGAUGACAACAACAAACAGAAAGGUAUCGACAAAGAAUUUUACCUUCUCUUCAGUGUGUUUGAUGAGAACCUCAGCUGGUAUUUAAGUGCAAACAUAAAGUACUAUUUGAGGAUGGAAGAGACUUCUCUGAAAAAGGAUGAUGGCUUUGAGGAAUCGAACAGGAUGCAUGCCAUCAAUGGAUAUAUGUUUGGUAACUUGCCUGGGCUGGAUAUGUGUGAAGGAGACAAUGUGUCCUGGCACCUUCUGGGAUUGGGCAGUGAAGCAGAUGUACAUGGAGCUGUGUUUCAGGGAAACACUCUGCAGAUGAAUGGGAUGCGGAAAGAUUCAGCCAACCUGUUCCCCCAUACGUUUGCUACUGCCUUUAUGCAGCCUGACAACAAGGGGACUUUUGAGAUCUACUGCCAGACGAGCAAUCAUUACCAGGCUGGAAUGAGGGAGCAGUACUCGGUUUCCAAUUGCAACAGGAGGGCUCUGCCUCCCGCUCUCCCAUUCAGAGCGGUGCGCACGUACUACAUAGUGGCAGAGGAGGUGGAGUGGGACUACGCACCAGACCGGAGCUGGGAGAGAGAGCGGCACAACCACUCUGCUGAGAGCUACGCCGAUAUAUUUUUGAGCAAUAAGGAUGGACUGAUUGGCUCCAGGUACAAGAAAGCAGUUUACAGGGAAUACACAGAUGGGACUUUCCAGACCCCUAAAGCUAGGAUAAAUGGUGACGAACAUCUGGGGAUACUAGGUCCUUUUCUGUGGGCAGAAGUGGGAGAGAUUCUCAAUGUUGUAUUCAAGAACAAUGCUUCACGACCCUACUCCAUUCAUGCCCAUGGGGUGCUGGAAAGGCAGGCAGGACAGCCACAAGUAGCACAUCCUGGUGACAUAGUGACAUACCAAUGGGAAAUUCCUGAGAGGUCUGGUCCAGGGCCGGAUGAUUCAGCCUGUGUCCCUUGGAUCUACUACUCCAUGGUAGACCCUGUGAAGGAUAUGUACAGCGGUCUGAUCGGACCCCUCAAGGUCUGCAGGAAAGGGACACUGCAAGCUGAUGGGAUCAGGAAGGAUGUGAAGAGGGAGUUUGCUCUCCUGUUCCUGGUUUUUGAUGAAAAUAUGUCCUGGUACUUAGAGGAGAACGUGCAACGUUACAGCAGUGGAAGUCACAAGGAUAUUGACCUGUUGGAUGAGAAGUUUGUGGAAAGCAACAAAAUGCACGCAAUCAAUGGGAGGCUCUAUGCAACCUUGCCUGGGCUGACCAUGUUUGAAGGAGAGUGGGUGAACUGGUACCUGCUGGGAAUGGGACAGGAGAUUGAUGUCCACACGGUCCAUUUUCAUGCUGAGACCUUCAUAUACAAGAGUGGCAAAAGCUACAGAGCAGAUGUUGUGGAUCUCUUUCCUGGGACCUUUGAAAUGGUAGAGAUGCUGGCUGGGAACCCUGGGACGUGGCUGCUUCACUGCCAUGUGUCUGAUCAUAUUCAUGCUGGCAUGGAGAUACUCUUCCAAGUCUUGCCCAGACAAGAGCCAGUGCCUGUGGUUUUGAACUACGAUGAAGGGGCACAACCUGAGGAUGAGGAUGACUCCCAGAAGGUCAGGCUUUUUGGAGCUAAGUUGCCUCUAGGGCAAGUAGAAGCUGCAGUCAUCAUUCUAGCCAUUACAGGACUGGUCCUCCUCCUGGUUGCUGCCUUCCUCCUGGGAGUCGUCAUCCACCUCCAGAGGCAAAGGAAGCUGAGACGGAACCGGAGGUCUAUUCUGGAUGAUGGAUUCAAACUCAUGUCUAAAAAGAACUCGGGGCUAUAACAGCCACAUACGAACUCUGGCUGUGUCCACAUUGUGAGCAUUGUCUGCAGCAAAGACUUCAGAGCAUCACUUCCAUUGCACACUGGGCUUCUAGGAGCCAAGGUGGGGAACCCUUUCCACUGAGUGAAGGCCAACAAUGGGAGUAAAAGGUCCUUCUAAAAUACUUCUCAUCCACAAGAAAGGAAAGAAUUCCCCUAUUUUCUUCUCUCCAGAACAGAUUUGGUCUUCACUAGAAGCUCUUAGACCAAAUCCAGUCUUACUCCAUUGCCAGAGCUGAGUUGGGCAUUGCCUCACAGUCUCACAACCAAACUGUGAGCCUUAUUCCCCCCCCACCCGAUUAACUUAAUCUGUGAAUCUGUGGUUUUAGUGUGGAUUUUUUUCUGAUGAAUCAAGUAAGAAUGCAGUAGACAAAAUGUUAAUUUAGAGUUGGAUUGCUGUUUUUUUGAUGAGUAAUUGGGCAGAUGUAAGUUCAGGGCAAAGCAUGUUGCAGUGUCUGAGAGCUACAUCGUGGAGCAUGGCAACAGCUGUGCAUGGCAAUCAGCCUUGCUGAUGCAUCCUUGUGCAGCACCGUGGGCAGUGUGUUCUGAGCACAGGUGUCUUGUGCUGGGAGUUGAAGAUUCCCUGUGCUGCAGAGCAUCUGGUGACUUCCCCCUGCCACAGUUCUGCUGGUGAAGUGCUGCACCCCAGUAUCUGUACAGCUCCUUUGCAGCAGGAUCGAGGCUGCUGUGCUGUUCUAUGGUGUGGUUUGCUUUCAUACAUUUCCCUGCAGUUCUCUCAGUUCAGCUGCUGCCACGUGGCUGCCAUAAGCUGAGCCAGAGGCUCAGUGCAGUGUGACCUGGGGUUUGUGCUUGGGGCAGAAGUAUGAGAGGGCUUCCACUGACAGAGUGUCAGCAGUGUGCUGCUGUGACAGCCCAGGGGGGGGCUGUGGCUGCAAUCCCUGCACUCGCCCAAGGGGAUGUGGGGAGUGAUGCCAGGAGUGAGCAUUGCUGGUGUGUGGGGUGGCACAGCCCUGGCAGUCCCCAGACCCUAUGUCUGCUAUCAGGUAAUGCCUGUCCUCCCAUGGUCACGCUGCCCUGUGUGGUGGCACUGAGGUGCUCUUUGUGUGCGCCUGUCUGCAUGCUCUGCUGAGUCCCUGUGUUUGUCUGUGCUUAUGUACUUCUGUCCUUGGUCUUAAAUGGAAAAGGUAGAAAAAUCCUUUCUGUGCGUCUUUCAGUGGCAAUUAAAGCAGAGCUAGCUGAGUGGUUCUAAUGAUAAGAAACUGCUGUGGGCUGUUUAGGUGUAUCACUCUUUUAUUUUGAGUGGUGGUUAUGAUGUUCUUAAUCAUGCUCAUUCAUAUUGGGUCCAGCUGCUCUUUCCUUUGGCAAAUGGGGGGAAAGUUCAUUAAUUUCCUUUCAUUAUAGUUCAUUAAGCUUGGUGAGGAGCUGGAGGGCUGUUGAGCGCUCUGAAUAUGAGCGCUCUGCUCAUUGUCAGCCCUAGUUCAGCUGCUGCUACAGGCUUCCCACUCCUGGGCGGAUUUUAACUCUGUCAUCAGGAGUAAGAAUUGUGCAGGAAACUUUUAUUUCCACACCCACUUUGCCGAAAAAAAAAUAGAUAACGUUAUCCCCUUGUGCUGAGAGAAAAAGGAGUUGUUUUAAAGUAUUCAUCUAAAAACAGAAAGGAGGAAGUCACCUUUUCUUCAGUUCUUCAUCUGGGUUUGUUUCAGUGCUGGCUGUGAAGCAGGGAGGCAUGGGGGCUGGAGCAGGAUCUCAACAUCCUGUGUGUUCCUUACCCAGCAGGCUUCCUCUGUGUGAUGCUGGGUUUGGGUUGAUGAGAUGCUGCUGGAGGUCUGCUCCCCAGCCCUGUCCCCAGCCCUGGCCAUGGAGGGAGCCUCACUGAGCAGCCCUUCUGCUUGGACAAGAAAGGGCAAAGUUUUCUGUUGGUGGGGGGGACAGCUGUGACAAACAGUCAGUGACUUCAUGACUGCCUCAUAUCAGAAGUUGGUUCUGCCAGCUGGUGUGAGUAUGUGGAGGAGGAGAUGUUUCACAGUUCUGGUGACUGUGAGCUGCCUGUGAGCAAAUGUUUGCAUUGGCAGCAUGCCUUCUGAGCACCUGACAGCAUCUCCUUUCUGCUCAUCCGUGAUGCACAGACAGCUGCCAAGGAGUCACCUCAGCUUGAAGAUUUGAGCACGAGCGGCAGGACCAGGCUCAGCACUGCUGCCCCAGGGCACACAGUGGGAUGAAGAUGGCACUCCUUCAUUUUACUCCGUUUAGCAAAGUGUAACACUUAAUGGUUUCUGAGCUCUUUAAAAAUAUCAUGAGAAAAGUA